UGGGAUAAUUCCUUUGAAUUAAGAGACAAAGCCAAUCCGCUAACCCAUAAUUCUACCCUUUUUUCUGUUUUGAAAUUGAGAGAGUUUUCCUUUUACCUUUGUGAAUUGCAAUCAAUGCCUCUAUAGUCUUUCCCUCCAUUGCCAAGAAAACUUAAGCCCUUGUUUCUCUCUCCUUCAUUACUCCACUCCCCUCUGUUGUCUGUCUGUCCCUUGAAUCAAUUACUCCUAUGCUAACAUGCGCGGUUGAUGAAAUUACAUCCCUCUUUUCUGUUUUAUCUGUUCUACUUCUAAUUACUCGGGUUAUCCUCCAUUCUGGUUCUAAUUGAAAUUUGAAGUUUCUGGGUUUUGAAAUUGGUAGAAAAUUGAGAUCUUUCACGAUUUAAGGUUUCUGGGUUGAAGGAGCAAAGCGGGGGAAGCAAUGGUAGCAGAGCCUUGGUUACUGAGAAUGGGGAACCAGGUAAGUAGUAAUCUGAAGAACUCCCUUCUUUUACACCAAACAAGUAGUAAAAAGAAGAAAGAUUUAAUUGUAAAACAAAUAAUUGGCAUUUUAUCAUUUGAGGUUGCUAAUGUUAUGUCUAAAUUGGUCCAUUUGCACAAGUCAGUUUCUGAUGAGGAGAUCUCAAAACUGAAAAAUGAUUUGAUUAAAUCAGAGGGUGUAAAGAAAUUAGUGUCUUGUGAUGAUUCAUAUCUCUUAGAGCUUGCUUAUGGUGAAAGGAUAGAUGAUUUGAAUAGGGUUGCUGAGGUUGUAUCUAGGUUGGGGAAGAAGUGUACUGAGGCAGCCUUGGUUGGUUUUGAGCAUGUAUAUAGUGAUAUUAUUAGUGGUAAGAUUCAAGUCAAGGAAUUAGGUUUUUUGGUUAAGGAUAUGGAUAGUAUGAUUAGGAAGAUGGAGAGAUACGUGGGUGCUACUGCAAAUUUAUAUGCUGAAUUAGAGGUUUUGAAUGAAUUGGAGCAAGCAAGCAAGAAGUUUCACUUGAAUCAUAACGAGGAGAGCCGUAGGGCGUUUGAGCAGAAAUUGUGUUGGCAGAGGCAGGAUGUGAGACAUCUAAAGGAUACUUCUCUCUGGAAUCUUACCUAUGAUAAGGUUGUUGAGCUUUUGGCCAGGACUGUUUGCACCCUUUUUGCUAGAAUUUGCGUUGCCUUUGGUAAUAAGAAGCUUGAGAAUCGCGGCAGCCUUAGGCUUAGGUCAAUUAAUGAAAACAAGUCUCAGACUCAUUAUUUAAGAGGUGAAAGUGAAAUAGACUUGUUUCAUUCCCAAGAUUUGGUUUAUCCUUGUGCUCCUAGCCCAGGGAGAAUCUUCAUGGAAUGCCUUAGUUUGAGUAGUUCAGCUUCGAGAGUUGAUGGCGAUGAAGAUGAAGAUGAAGAUGAAGAUGAAGAUGAAGAUUUUAGUUGCAGUUCCAAUGGAAUUGACAAGGGUCGUAGGCAUACUACUCCGUCCUCGGACACAGUUGGAGGUUCUGCUCUUGCUCUGCAUUAUGCUAAUGUCAUUAUAGUUAUAGAGAAACUUCUUUGCUACCCACAUUUGGUAGGUGAGGAAGCAAGGGGUGAUUUGUAUCAAAUGUUACCUUCAAGCCUAAGAAAGUCGUUGAGGAUGAAUCUCAGGUCACACUUGAACAACUUUGCAAUAUUUGAUGGCACACUGGCACAUGAUUGGAAGGAAAAACUUGAUAGUAUCUUGAAAUGGUUAGCUCCUUUGGCGCAUAAUAUGAUCAGGUGGCAAAGUGAGCGCAAUGUUGAGCAGCAGCAAAUUAUUUCAAGAACAAAUGUUCUUCUACUCCAGACCCUCUAUUUUGCGGACAGGGACAAGACAGAAGCAGCAAUCUGUGACCUUCUAGUUGGUCUAAAUUAUAUUUGCCGUUACGAAAAUCAGCAAAAUGCUCUCUUGGAUUGUGCUAGCAGUUUUGACUUUGGUGAUUGGAUGGAGUGGCAACUGCAAUGUCAGGCUUCUUGCUUCGAUUGAUCAUUGAUGGAAAUUCAUUUGGUAGGCUUUUUUCAUGGUUUUUAAUCAAAUACAAAGAUACAUGUCACUUUGUUUUUGAUGUGAAUAUAGUUAUUAAGUUAUAUAGCUCCAUAUUUGUGUGAUGAUUAUGUACUUUUGUACAUAGUAAUGAGAAUUUCUUACAUAUUUUAUCCUAGAUUAAUCUUUAACCGAAGCCACUUUGUCAGGGUUGUAUAAUUUGCUUUCUGUGUAAACUGGUAGUUUGUCAAUGGAUUGUGAGCUAUUGUAAAUGUUAAU